AUGGAUUCAGGCAAUAGUAGUAGCAUGCAAUCUUCAAGCGGUGGUGGAGGAGAUCAAGAAGAGUAUGACUCACGCGCCGAUCAAUCAAUCUCUGCUUUGUUUAACAACAACAUCGCCGGUCAAACACAGCUUGACUCUCUCAUAGCUAACUGUUUCAACACAAGUUGGUCAACGGAUAAUCCUCUCUGGUCAACUACCGACGGCUCUAGACAACCCCCACCACAACCACAACCACCGAUCUCAUCAGGACCAGUCUUCUUCACAAACACAGUUCAAGAGAAUCUAAGAGUAGUCUCAAACACAAACACAAACACAAGUAGUCCCACUGGUUCUGUCCCAACCGACAAGAGAACCGGUCUAGCGACAACACGGAAUCCAAAGAAGAGAUCAAGAGUCUCGAGACGAGCACCUACGACUGUUUUGACCACCGACACAUCAAACUUCAGAGCCAUGGUUCAAGAAUUCACUGGUAACCCUUCUACUCCUUUCACCGGAUCAUCAUCAUCAACAUAUACUCCUUUUACAAGAUCAAGAUUUGAUCUCUUUGGUCCUUCUUCUUCUUCAUUCUCACGACCCUUGAAACCCUUUCCUCACAAACUCAUCCCAACGAGUCAUUACUCUACUCCUACAGAUUAUCAUCAGAGUCUUCCCUUUAACCCUUUUCUCAACAACCAAUCUUCUAACAACGUCCCUUUAAAGGAUCAUCAGUCUUUGAGCAUGAGAACGAGUACUGGUUUUGGAUACGUGGGAGCAAACUCUGAAGGGCUUCACAACAUUUUCUCCUCGUCUUCAGCAUCCAUGACGCAGCCAACCCUAAAUACUAUUCAUGGAUCAGACAAGAGUUAUGAAGCUGAUAAUGAUAUGCUAAGAUCCAUCAGUGGAGAAGAGCAACACAUGGUGCAAAGAUCCGAUGGUUACACACCGUCCAUUGCUUCUGGACCGGAGAAUAAUAUAAAGGAUGUGAGAAAUGAAGGUAUGGUGGAAUUAUCAUGGAUCUCUUCUUCUGAUUAG